AUGUCUGAACUUGUCUUUACCUGCACACAGGCCGGUGAAAUUCCUGUUCAUGGCGCCGCUUCCGGUGGGCAUCUGGAAGUCGUCAAGUAUUUACUAGAACUCCAACCCGAGACUGUCUCUGCGAAGAACAACGUCGGUGACCUUCCUGUUCAUCAUGCUGCCUGGAAUGGAAAGCUAGACGUCGUCAAGUGUCUACUAGAUCUCCAACCAGACACGAUCUCUGUAAAGAACAAUGACGGUCGAAUUCCUGUUCAUCACGCCGCUUAUUUUGGGAAUCUGGAAGUCGUCAAGUAUUUACUAGAACUCCAACCCGAGACUGUCUCUGCGAAGUGCAUUGGUGGUGACCUUCCUGUUCAUCGUGCUGCCUGGAAUGGAAAGCUAGACGUCGUCAAGUGUCUACUAGAUCUCCAACCAGACACGAUCUCUGUAAAGAACAACCUCGGUCUAAUUCCUGUUCUUAUUGCCGCUUUCGCUGGCCAUCUGGAAGUUGUCAAGUAUUUACUAGAACUCCAACCCGAGACAGUCUCUGCGAAGGACAACGACGGUGGCCUUCCUGUUCAUUAUGCUGCCUAUAAUGGAAAGCUAGAUGUCGUCAAGUAUCUACUAGAUCUCCAGCCCGACACGAUCGCUGUAAAGAACAACGAUGGGAGAACUCCUCUCGUUCAGGCAGUGUACUUCAAGAAUGCAGGUUGUGUACCCUACUUGCUGGAUGUCACCUGGACCAAGCUUACAUAUGAUGAAGCCAAGAAGAUAGUGGAGGAAGCCAGUAGUAUAGCUCAAGUUCGAGGGGAAAGGCAAGCAUUGGAAUGGAUUCAGACCAGCUUGAUCUGUGCAGAGUUUGGUAUCGAGGGUUACACUGAUCCUACUGAACUGAUUGCCAGCGUGUGCGGAGCAGAAGGGUCAGGGAAAUCUACCUUCAUUGCAUCCUUCACAGCAGAAGGUUUCUUCAAUACACUACUACGUCAGGAGAAUCAACCGGACAUGAAGGCAAAGGAUUUAGCAUCCCGAACAAAGGGAAUUGAAGAAACCAUUUACAACCAAUCGCAGGUGAAGGUGCAUUUUCGCGACUUUGCUGGCCAAGAACAUUAUAACGUGUCACAUGAUAUAUUCACGGUUUCCAUGGCAACACCAUCUGUUGCCGCAAUAGUGGUGGACGGCACAGAGUGUGUUGAUAAGAUCACACAGACUGUCAGUGCAACUGCCGCCAAUAUUGUUUGUCGCCUGUCUGCACCUGAUGAUGGCUCCCCACUGACUGAGCAACAAGAGCAGCAGCAGCAGCCACACGAGCAGCAGCAAGAAGAACUGCAGCAGACGCAGAAACUUGAUGUUAUCGCAAUUGCCACACGAGCUGAUCAGCUAACACCUGAAGAGCGCACUGAAGUGGAGAAGGCCAUAAAGAGAGGAAUGAAAGCAUUCUCUCAGCACUUGGAUCUCUGCUUUGUGAGAGUAGUGGAUGCUAGAAAGUCCAACAGUUACAGCAUGAAUGAUCUAAGGAGAGAUUUCAUGCACUUGGUUCAUCGAGUGUUGGCGAAAUCUCCCAAGCAACCACGUUUGCUGCAGAAUGCUCGGCAGCAUUUGGAUGAGGUUGAGGCAGCUAUGCCCAGUCCGUAUUGCUCAAGAGCCGAGUUCGUUGCGGCAUUCAAGAAGGCAAUCCAAGGAACCAAAGACGCACUGCCGAAACGACUCACUGAGCAGAUCGACAGCUUUCUACGCGUCCUGACUGCUUACGGAUAUAUCAUCACAUUCCCAGAGCUGAAUGAUCUGGUGGUUCAUCAGCCUCGCUGGCUCCUGCAGGACGUGAUCGGGUUUAUGUACUCUUCCGACGUCUUCCCCCACCGCCCUGAUGGCAUUGCCAGGGAAUACAAGAUAAGUGAAGAGGAGUUCGUCCGUUCUCUGACUGCCUUCGCCAAAGUCGGCGAAAAAGCUCCACUCUGCGUGCAUAUGGUUCUACAACUCGGCUUGUCCAUCCGCUAUCAGAAAGAUAUCCUUGCUCUCUCCCUGUUUCCCGAGUGUACAAAGCCAUUGAAGGUGCACAACGCCUUCAUGACCUCACAAGCGAUGGUAGGUUCUGUGUAUACCUGCAAUGGCUGUGUGCCAUUCUCAUCUGCACUCAUUGUUCAAUGCCAAGCACGCGUGUACGACUACUCCGCCUGCUUUUUCUCCAGUACUGAUCCCAUAUUCUUCAAGAACACCAUCAUUGUCCACCCAUACCCGCACACAACAGCGCUUGUUGUGUUUUCGUUCGACCGCCUGCGCUGUUGUAUUGUAGUGACGUCCAGUUCCAGUAGGUACCUGCAAGUCGUUCACCAUGUGCACUGGCUGUUUCGUGCUCUCUUCCUUGAGCUACUGAAGAGAUACAGUCGUGGUACUUCGGUAGAGCCCACUGUACUCAGCCUGAGCAGCAUGCGUCAGCUUAUCCAGCGAUCGGCUUCACCAGCUGCAAUCUCUUCAGCUGUUGCAUCAUACUCAUGCGAAGACGUCAUUCGUGCUGCCAACAGCGCGCACAGCAAAGAUGUCAAAGAUGCCAGCGGUUUGUUUGUUGACUCAGUCGUAGAUCUUCACUACGUUCCCGCCACGCACGUCAGCAUGCUUCCUCCCCGCUGUACGGAUCGACUGGAGAAUCUGCGAGAUUCAGCAUUCCUAGGCGAUCUCCAAUCACAUCUAGACGUUGGUGCGAGCGAAAUCAGCCGGCUUGCUGGAGCCACGUCAGUGUCAUCCACUGAACCCAGUCGGCUCAAUGCCUCACUGGUUUUGCUAGCGUGGUGCAGCAAAAGUCAUCGUCGCUCAUCCACACUGCUAUUUAGCUUGAUAGCACAGCGUUGUUCUUCUUCGCCAUUUGCCAACUGCUACCGAGAGAUCUGCAGGAUGCUUGUAGACAAUGAGAGCAUGCUUCUGCACGCAUUUCCUGACACCAUCACCUAUGAGCAACAGCGUUUCAACCAGGAAGAGCGUCUUCGCUGUCAGCUUGAGAACAUACCCUUGGCGGAUGAUUGCUUCCCAACUGCACACGAGACGUCAUUCCUGGGACAGAAUCCCUCCAUGGGAAUGCUACGAUCUCACCUCCAUGCAAUGCAAGUUACGGAUAAGCUGAUCGUGGACUCUGAUCACUACACUCUGGUCCAGGAAGCCGAAGCAGCAGCAGCAGCAGCAGCAGUCUCAGCAGAAAGUCAAUCGGCAGCAGGAGUAGCAGCAGGAGUUGCAUCAGCAGCAGCACCAGGAGUAGCAGCAGCAGCAGCACCACCAGGAGUAGCAGCAGCAGCAGCAGCACCAGGAGUAGCAGGAGUCUCAGCAGCAAGUCAAGCAGCAGCAGGACUAGCAGCAGGACUAGCAGCAGCAAGUCAAGCAGCAGCAGCACCAGGAGUAGCAGCAGCAGCAGCACCAGGAGUAGCAUCAGAGAGCACAGAUAAUCCUUUCGACACACACACUUUUACAGUUCAAAUCCUGCCGAAGUUAUGCACAAUACCUUGUUCAAGGUUUCGCAGCAGUGUACAGAGACAAGGUCUGCUACAGAGUCUCAGUGAAUUCGAUGAAUUAAUACGCCUGGAGAAGUAUGAGCCAUUGGAGAACCAUAAUGUCAAGAUCAUCAGGUACAUUCAUGCUGGAGGGAUGGACACAUACGAAAAGCUAUGUACAGCUAUUCAAGGCCUGAAGUAUGAAGUUUUGUACAGGAAGAUGAUUGCACUGCUUCCUGGUGACCGUCAGCCUAGAGACGAUUGAACCACACUGGUUGCUCAAAGCAAAGCCACUAUGAGUGUACUGUAUCUUCAGCCAUCGGCAGCAGCGGCAGCACAAGCAGCAGCAGCGGCAGCACAAGCAGCAGCAGCAGUGGCAGCAGCAGCAGCAGUAUCACUAGCAAACCCAAUGCCCUAACUCUCAGGUAUAUUACUUUGUGUGGUUCCUGUCAUGUAUCUUGUGUGCACACACACACUGCACAAGGCAGAAGAGAUUUGUUUUUCUUUCAUUUGGUUUUCGAUACUAGGAAUUCUAUUUGUUCAUUUGCCCGGCUGCAAUAUAUUUUCUGAACUAUUUUCUGUGACAUAGUGACCAUAGCCAUUUCUGGAACUACUCGUUUUUCUGGUGUGAGACUGAGUGUGACAGAAUUUCCAUUGCUCUGUUACUGCAAUCUUUGCUCCAUAGCCAUUUCUGGAACUACUCGUUUUUCUGGUGUGAGACUGAGUGUGACAGAAUUUCCAUUGCUCUGUUACUGCAAUCUUUGCUCCAUAGCCAUUUCUGGAACUACUCGUUUUUCUGGUGUGAGACUGAGUGUGACAGAAUUUGCAUUGCUCUGUUACUGCAAUCUUUGCUCCAUAGCCAUUUCUGGAACUACUCGUUUUUCUGGUGUGAGACUGAGUGUGACAGAAUUUGCAUUGCUCUGUUACUGCAAUCUUUGCUAUUAUAAUAUUCUAUGGUUCACGUUCCCCUGUUUGCUGCUCGUUUUCUCUUCUUGAUAUUAAUUUUAUUGCCAAGAUUAACCUGCUGUCUUUUUCUUUUUGCAAUACUUUUUAAAAUGAGGUUUGCAGACGCUUAGGUUUCCCAAUCGGCUUCAUAUCCACUUGCGUCAAAUUGCGGCUAGUCCCGACCACCACCACCCCCCCC